GAGGCGUCGUUCGGGAUCCAGUUGGAAGUUGCCGGGCUACGACCUAGCAUCUCCCUGUUUAUCCCACAACUAUCAGUGAAUAUUUGUGUUUACGCCAAGUACCAGCGAAACAUCCGCGAAUAAUUACUGAAUAAUAAAAACCGCCCGCGUAUCACCAGCCGAAUGUGACAAUCAAAUGACAUUUUCAAUUGGUCAAAUCAAUUUACAUAUUUCAACGGGAGAAUUCUUUGGUAAUUAAUAAUCAACCAGGUGAAAUAUAAUUGGACGGAUUUGCUAUUUGUUACUGAAUGAAAAAGUAUUAAAGUGCAUUUCAUUUGUUGUUUUGCCUCGCAACUAUUUAAAUUAUUAAAGCCCCGGAGUUUGUUGUUGAAAAAGUUUUCAGUGGUUGGCGAAUGAGGGAUGGGUGAGGUAUGGCUGUGAGAUUUUAUACCAAGGGUGCUGAAACGGUUUCGCAACAUCGGGGAAACAAUGUGAGCUUUCGAUCAUGAAGGGGGCGGGUAGGAAUGGCGUCUGGAUAGUGACAGUGAUAUUGUUGACAAUCAGUAAUUGGGUCGGUCGGGUCGGACCUCGUCCUGCUGAUGGGGAAAUCGCAAUUCCAACGUCCACACGUGAACGUCUCCAGACGGUACGUCAAGUACUCACGGAAGUACCUCUCAUUGAUGGGCACAAUGAUUUGCCCUGGAACAUACGCAACUUCGUGCACAAUCAACUUGGGGAGUUUGAUUUUGAUAAGGACCUCAGACAGAUCGCACCCUGGAGCAAGAGUGCGUGGAGUCAGACAGAUCUCCAUAGGCUACGCCAGGGGAUGGUCGGUGGCCAGUUUUGGGCUGCUUACGUGCCCUGCGAGUCUCAGUACCUCAAUGCCGUUCAGCUGACUCUGGAGCAAGUUGACCUCAUUAAGAGACUCAUUGAGAAGUACUCGCAGCACAUGCAGUUUGCUGCGUCUUCUAGGGAGAUACUAGAGGCACACGCGAGUGGAAGAAUAGCUUCGUUAAUUGGAGUCGAGGGUGGACACAGCCUCGGCAGUAGUCUGGCCGUGUUAAGAACCCUUUACCAAUUGGGUGUACGUUAUCUCACCCUGACACACACGUGCAACACACCGUGGGCAAAGAGCUCAUCCGUGGAGCAGGAGGACAACGGCAGUGGUGGUGGACUCACGGGAUUUGGUAAAGCUGUUGUUCGCGAAAUGAACAGGCUGGGAAUGCUGAUCGACCUCAGUCACACAGCAAGAGCAACCAUGAGGGAUGCAUUAAGGGUCAGCAAAGCUCCACUUAUAUUCUCGCACUCGUCUGCUUUUGCCAUUUGCAAUUCCACCAGAAAUGUUCCCGAUGAUAUCCUCAAACAACUGGCUGCUAAUGGGGGACUCGUCAUGGUGACAUUUUACAACUUUUUUGUGAAGUGUGGACCGGAUGCAAGUGUCAACGACGUUGCAGAACAUAUUUAUCACAUCAGGAAUCUCAUUGGGGUCGACUACAUCGGGGUCGGUGGUGACUUUGAUGGCAUAAACAAAACACCCAGAGGCCUGGAAGAUGUCUCCAGAUAUCCCGAACUUUUCGCUGAACUUCUGAGAAGCGGCAAGUGGGAUGUUCUGGAUCUCAAGAAAGUUGCGGGGUUGAAUUUGCUCAGGGUCCUCAGGCAGGUGGAAAGAGUACGGGACGAAAUGAGAACAGCGGGUGUAAAACCCUCAGAGGAGUUCCUUGCCUCGCCGGACACAACUGGCAAUUGCGCAUUGGACAUAAACUCCGUACAAAGAGUUACGGAAGUUUGACCGGUUAUCAAAACUAUUGAUGUUCCUUCGUACUCAUCACUUCUAUCCUUGCAACUGUGAGAAAUGUUCGAGAUGGAGAGAAGAAAAAAAAAAUGGAGAAACUUAUCGUCGUGUUUUUCUACCAAUCUACUGCUCACCUUAAAAGACUGGAGAUAAAACUUAUAUUCGAGGGAGUUAAGGGGAAUAUGGCAUAAAUGUAAGAAUCAGGGGAUGAGUCGAUCCAGAGACAUUAGUGCAUGAAUAAAUUCGAAAGAGUAAAUUAUUUACGAGCAAUGCAUCGUAUUUUUCUGCGUUUCGUUCCCUCUAAUCUUUCUAAUCCUCUUUAGUGACUCGAACAUGAUACCAAAAGGGCAUGAAAAAAUCAGUGAGGGAGGGGAAGAGGAAUUAUGAGAGUUAAAAGCUAGAAGCACGUACCUGUCGUCGAGGAAAAAGAUUUGAGGGAAAAAUUUUCUCUGAACAGCUGAUUGUCGUUUCUUGACGUCAAAAUGACAAUGUUUAGUCACUCGUGGGGUUGAUGAGAAAUUCACGGUGAUGGCUUUUAUUACAGGAGGGCGUUUAAUAGCGAAUCAGAUUGAAAGG